GAUAUUUUAGAGCCAGCAUGUGUCAAGAUAUCAGAUGUUUCAUAACAAUUAAUUAACAACACAAUUCAAUUCUGCACCAGAAUCAUUAAAAUUUCAACAAAUGGCGCAAAGUAGAUUAGAAAAAAUUGGCACGAUAUUCACCAGAGUGGAAGGGCUGAUAAAAGGCGGUGCCAUGCGAUUUGAGGACAGGCCCCUCUGGUAUGACUUGUACGCAGCCUUCCCACCAAGGCUGGAGCCACGUUUUGACCGCCCCGCUCCAGAAAAACAAAUUAAAAAUAUAUUUUACGAAGAAGAUAUUGCAAGGGCAAAGUUUCAGAAGAAAGAGAAACAGUAUGAAACAAUAAAUCUGUCAGAUUAUAGGCGUAAAACACAAACUCAAAAUUUUAUUCAGAUUUAUCAAAACUUAAAAACUCAAAACCCUCUAGAUGAAGAAAAGUUAUAUGAGACCGCCAUUGAAAUAUUGGCUGAGCAGACAAAAGGAGCAAACUCGGAAAAAAGUACUGAAUUCAAGUCUACGCUUUCAACGGAUUUUGUAGAGAGUAAAGCUAAAAAUGAAAACAGUGCACAUACCACAAAUAUAAACAUUAAAAAUUUAUUUAAUGAAUAAAUUUACGUUUUCCUCAAUCGGUACAUAUA